AUGCGUUAUCUACGCCUUUCUACUCUCUUGUCCGCUUUGAGCUUUUCCGGUCUCGCACAAGCUGCAGUCGGGGCGUGGGGCCAAUGUGGAGGUCAAACGUACACCGGAGAGACGACAUGCGUCGCCGGCCAAUGCCUGCCGAGCACCAGCUCCGUAUCGUCUACUACCAGUCGAAGCAGCUCUUCUAGCUCUAGCACGCGAAGCAGUUCUUCUAGCUCGAGCACACGUACCUCGUCUACAUCUACAAGCACGCGGAUCUCGUCUAGCUCAACGCGCACAUCCAGCUCUGCAACGUCGAGUCCAACCGUGAACAUCCCACGCUCCACCUUCACGGAGAUUACUUCCUACUAUGGCUCGAAUCCGACAAAUGUGCGCUCCUGGAUCUAUGUCCCAGCAAAUCUCGCCACCAAUCCACCCAUCGUCGCAGCCAUCCACUGGUGCAGUGGCUCCGCCAAUGCAAUGUAUAGCACCGGCGUUUUCAAUAAUCUCGCUGAGCAAAAGGGGUUCAUUGUCAUUUUCCCGGAAACUGCCAACAGCGACAAAUGCUGGGAUGUACACACUACUGAAACGCUCACGCACAAUGCUGGAGGCGACUCACUUGGCAUUGUCUCAGCCAUCCGCUGGACGAUUGCAAACUAUGGUGCGAACAGCGCCCGAGUCUACGCCACCGGGAUCUCAAGCGGUGCAAUGAUGACCAACGUGCUUUUGGGUGCUUAUCCUGACAUCUUCGCUGCUGGCUCCGCUGUUGCAGGUGUUCCAUAUGCGUGCUUCCAAGGCACUCCAUCAUGGAGCACCGAGUGUGCUACUGGGCAACUCAUCAAGACGCCUCAAGAGUGGGGAAAUCUUGUCCGAAACGGCUACCCUGGCUUCACGGGUACACGGCCAAAGAUGCAAUUCUGGCACGGCACUGCAGACGAUGUGCUCUAUUACCAAAACUUCCUUGAGGAGACCAAGCAAUGGACAAAUGUAUUUGGCGUGAGCACUACGCCAACCAAUACCGUUCAGAACUAUCCCAUUGCAGGCUGGACGCGGUACGAUUAUGGACCAAACGUCAUGGGUAUCUCUGCUGCCGGCGUCGGACACGGCAUUUCCUACCAAUCUACGCAGAUCAUGGAAUGGUUUGGUCUCUAA